GAGGGAGAGAGAGAGGGGGAGAGAGAGAGAGAGGAGAGAUUUGACGAGAGGGACACAAUCAAUCACAGAUUCUCUGUUUUCGUAUUUCCAUUUACGUUUGAUCAUAACAUCAAUUAAGGAAUUUCUUAAUUAGACAAAAAAAGAAAGAAGAUUUAAAGGAGAGGGUGAAGGUUUCCUUUCUAGCAAGAAUUGAUAAGUGAUGGAGGGUUCGGCUAGAAAUGGAAGACGUUCUUUGAAUUUAGCUUCAAGAAAAGCCGAAGAAUCAGCUUGGAGACGAUUCCAGGCCGCCCAUUGGUUAGAUAGUUUGGUUGGACCUAUUGGUUUAUCUUCACAACCGACUGAAAAAGAGUUUAUUUCUUGCUUGAGAAAUGGGUUAGUUCUGUGUAAUGCAGUGAACAAGAUGAAUCCAGGGUCAGUGCCAAAGGUUGUGGAGGUUCAAUCUUCAUCACAGGAUUCAAUGACAUGGGAUUCCCAGCCGUUGUUAGCAUAUCAGUACUUUGAAAAUGUUAAGAACUUUUUAGUAGCUGUUGAAGAAUUGAAGCUUCCAGCUUUUGAAGUAUCCGAUCUUGAAAGAGAGAAUUUGGAAGUUGGAUCAUCUACUAAGAUAGUAGACUGUGUACUAUCACUUAAAGCAUAUCAUGAGUGGAAACAGAACAGUGGAGGAAAUGGAGUUUUCAGGAACCCUAAAUCUCCUUCGGUUAUGCAUUACUCAAGAUCUUCAGGAACAAUAAACCACUCAAAUUCUAGCAGACAAUUGGACUUGUCUGAAGCAGUUUCCAACAAAAAUAUGAAUCUUCAAGAUUUAAUUACUAAGUACAUUGUGGACUGUAUUGCUGAGAAAAAAGAGAAUAUAGAUGAUAAGCUUCUUCUUUCAUUCCAUGAUAAGGAUUCAGUCAAAUUACUUGGUAAAAUCAUGUCUGGCUUUUUGGAGGAACAUCAUCUUCAAAGUGAAUCUACUGAGUUGAAAGUAGCAGCCCUUACAGAUUCUUUGGAAGUUGGAGGCGGUGCACAUGCUCGUUCUCUAUCCGUACCUCUUGAUAGUUCAUCAUUUGGCAACAACAAGGAGUGCUGCAGAAAUGGAUCAAGAAAGGGCGGUUGCAGUCACGGCCACAUAGUUGAAAAUCAGGAAAGAGAACUUUUAAAUCUGAAGACACUAUUGGUGAAAACGAAAAGUGACUUUGCUGACUUACAAUCUCAGCUGCAACAAGAUUUGAAACUAAUAGGGAGUCAUGUACAGGAAUUGUCUACUGCUGCUAGCGGGUAUCACAGAGUUCUCAUGGAGAAUAAAAAACUAUACAACACGGUUCAAGAUUUGAAAGGAAAUAUUAGAGUCUAUUGCAGGAUUAGACCAAUCUUCUCAGCAGAAGCCAAAAAUGUUAUAGAUUUUAUUGGAGACGACGGUUCAUUAGUAAUUGUAGACCAGUUGAAGCCACAAAAGGAUGGAAAAAAGAUUUUUCAAUUCAAUCGCGUGUUUGGCCCAAUUUCUACUCAAGAGGAAGUAUUUAAUGAUACUCAACCGUUAAUUAGAUCUGUAAUGGAUGGUUACAAUGUCUGUAUUUUUGCUUAUGGCCAAACUGGAUCUGGAAAGACACAUACCAUGAGUGGUCCUUCUGGUGGCAUCAAUUAUCUAGCGCUGAGAGAUCUCUUCCACUUGGCUAAUAACCGUUCAGAGAGGAUGAAUUACAAUAUUCAUGUCCAGAUGGUUGAGAUUUACAAUGAACAAAUCCGCGAUCUCCUCCUACCAGAAGAUUCUUCUUCAAACAUCAAAUUAGAAAUUCGAAACUGUGGCAGCGAAAAUGGGCCAAGUCUGCCUGAUGCUAUAAUGUAUCAGGUAAAUUCAACUGAGGAUGUUCUAAAGUUGAUGAAACUCGGUGAGAUAAACCGCGCAGUAAGUUCAACUGCUGUCAAUCACCAAAGUAGCCGUUCCCACAGCAUAGUGACGGUUCAUGUGAAUGGAAAAGAUAGAAAUGGUGGUGGAAUUCUUCAUAGUUGUCUUCAUUUAGUUGAUCUUGCUGGAAGCGAGCGUGUCGAUAAAUCAGAAGUAACGGGAGAUGAAUUGAAAGAAGCGCAGCAUAUUAACAAGUCUUUAUCGUGUUUGGGUGACGUUAUUGCAGCUUUAGCACAGAAGAAUUCUUAUAUUCCUUAUAGAAACAGCAAACUAACUCAUCUAUUACAAAGCUCUUUAGGUGGACAUGCAAAAACAUUAAUGUUUGCUCAUAUAAGUCCCGAAGGUGAUUCCUUUUGGGAAACUAUGGGUACCCUUAAAUUCGCGCAGAGGGUAUCCACAGUUGAACUUGGCAAAGCUCAAGUCAAUAAGGAAACUCGCGAGGUUAUUGAACUCAAGGAACAGAUUGGUAAUCUUAAGAAGGCAUUGGCUAUGAAGGAAGCGAAUGAGGUUCCUCGAUCAUCCCCACUGAAGAGACAACCUCAACCGGAUUUGACUCCUCCUCGUUUAAGAAGGCUGAGUAUUGAAAACGGAAAGGGGAUGAAAGCAGCAACAACUAGUUAUUCAGCAGUGAAACGAUCCUCGAAAACUCCUUCUGUACAGAAACAACGCCCGAGAAGAUUAAGUUUGGAACAUCUUAACAAGGAUACGAUGAGUAUUAGUAACAAUAGUUCAUUACUUGUCAAAACACCAGAAUCAAGAAACAUAUCAUCAGCAGCAAGAUCGCGAACUCCUCCUCCUCCUCCUCUUUCUCAACAACAACAAACGAGAAAACUAAAUCAAUCGCCAUCUCCUCCUAGAAAAGAGAAUAAUCAGUCGUCAAAAGCAACAUCUCAAAUAAAGAAGUCACUUAGGACAAUUGGGAAACUGAUUAAUGGAUCAGACAAAAGGAACCAAACAAGAACACCAACAAUUGAAGUGUUAUCUCCUCUGAAUGGCAACAGAAGAAUUCCUGAUGUAAAAUCACCACUUUCAACCACUACUGGUGGCUUGAGACGACGAUCACUUGUAGGUGAUAAUCCACAACAGUUGGAUAAUAGCAUCAUAAGAUCACGGAAGUAGUUGGAACAACAACAACAAUAAUAACAAAGACACAACCGCCGCCUGAUAAGAAGGAAUGUGAUGAUUCUUCGACUCAAGAAGCAUCCUAACACGCGGUCUAACCCCAUGGAUAUUGUUGUUCCAUACUAUGUUGUAGUACUAUUAUUAUUAUUAUACAGAUUUUAGACUGAAAUAGAUCAAUUGGACAAGAAACUAUGUUGAUUUUUGUUCUUUUUAACUAAAAACAUGACUCAUGAAAUUCACUAUUUACAUUCCUUACA